GGUCCCGGAUGUUGAGCACGGAGAGUUAAUGGCGGCGGAGCGGGAAGCCAGCGCAUUGAGUAUACCUGUGAUCAUUGGCUGCUGCCAAAUUUGUUUGUGAGAGAUGGCGGACUCAGGGAAAGAAUUGAUCAUACAACGUUCUGAUGUUCGAAAAUCACAAUUGAGGAAAGUACCAGAGCUUCCCAUCCUGGAAAGACGGAACUGGCUGAUACAUUUGCAUUAUAUCAGAAAAGACUAUGAGACCUGCAAGGCAAUAAUCAAAGAACAGCUGCAGGAGACCCAGGGGAUGUGUGAAUAUGCUGUGUAUGUACAAGCUUUGAUAUUCCGUUUGGAAGGAAAAAUUCAAGAGUCCCUUGAGCUCUUUCAGAGCUGCGCAAUCCUAAACCCUCAGAAUGUGGACAACCUGAAACAGGUGGCUCGAUCACUGUUUUUGCUUGGGAAGCACAAGGCAGCAAUUGAAGUUUACAGUGAAGCUGCAAAAUUAAAUGAAAAGGAUUGGGAGAUCAGCCACAAUCUGGGUGUCUGCUUCAUGCAUUUGAAGAAUUUUGAGAAGGCUAAGGAACAUCUGAACUACGCUUUACAAACCAGCCGACAUGACCUGACUUUCAUGGUGCUCGGGAAACUGCACCUAUUGGAGGGAACUACCCAAAACGCUAUUGAAACUUAUAAGAAGGCAGUGGAGUUUUCUCCUGAAAAUGCUGAGCUUCUGACUACUCUGGGGUUACUGUACCUGCAGCUCGGAAUGUAUCAGAAAGCCUUUGAACAUCUGGGAAACGCUCUUACCUACAACCCCAACAAUUACAAGGCCAUCCUGGCUGCAGGCAGUAUGAUGCAGACUCACAGUGACUUUGAUGUUGCUCUGAGCAAGUACAGGAUAGCAGCACAUGCUGUACCUGAAAGCCCACCUCUAUGGAACAAUAUCGGGAUGUGCUUCUUUGGCAAGAAGAAAUAUGUAGCGGCGAUCAGUUGUUUGAAGCGAGCCAACUACCUGGCUCCCUUUGAUUGGAAGAUUCUCUAUAACCUGGGCUUGGUGCACCUGACAAUGCAGCAAUAUGCGUCAGCAUUCCACUUCCUGAGUGCUGCCAUCAACAUACAGCCGAGGAUGGGCGAGUUGUACAUGCUGUUGGCUGUGACAUUGACUAACCUGGCAGAUCCUGACAAUGCAAAGAGAGCCUACGAACAAGCAGUCAGUUUGGAGCAGUUAAACCCACUGGUGAACUUGAACUAUUCCAUUUUACUGUACAACCAAGGUGACAAAAAGGGAGCUCUUCAUCAAUAUCAGGAGAUGGAGAAGAAGGUCAAUAAACUGAAGGCCAGCAGUAACGUGCUGGAGUUCGAUCCAGAGCUGGUAGAUAUGGCUCAGAAAAUUGGAGCUGCUCUUCAGGUCGGGGAGAAUCUGGUCUGGACAAAACCAGCAAAGGACUCCAAAUUGAGAGAGCGCCCAGCACCAUCCAGUAAAUCCACCACAAACCAGCAACCCCUGGGCUCUAACAAGGCUCUGGGCCAAGCUAUGUCAUCAGCUGCAGGAUACAGCAAGACCAUGCAACUUCCUACAGGUGGAUACCCGACUCGAGUGCAGAAACCUCCAUCGUUACCCUUGGAACCAGAGUCAAGUACAGAUUCAGCAGCGAGGACCUGAGCAGAAAGCGAGAGCUGAGAUAGAUAGGACCGGGUUUCAGAUAACACGAGCCAGAUCCCUAGAAUAGGUAAUUAAAUUCAGUCACAAACCUAGCACACUCCAAACUCACCUGUCUCAGGGAUGAGUCUUUGAGACUGUGUGCUGUGUGUACAAGGCCAUUGGAAUGAAGGCUGUUGUAGCAUCUCCAACAUUCAGACCAUCAGCAGGGCUGAGUCCAAAAAAAACACAGAUGCUGGAAAUCUGAAAAAAGAUACAUGUCAUGCAGGAUUUGAAAGAGAAAGAUUGGUUCCAAUAUGGCAGUCAAUUCCAGAGGAGCCUAGAUGAGGCAUCUCAACAAUCCGUCUGCCCCAGGGUCACAGAAACUUUGGCUUUGUCUGACAGGGGAGGGGUUACCCAGGCCAUUGUUUCCCUUCAUCCCACCCAACUCCCAAACCUAACCUUUGAUGUACCCCUUACGGUUUUAACAAGGAUAAACAGUAUUUGGAAUACUCAGGCCAUUUGCCUGGAUUUAUGGAGGUACAGGGAGCCUGCUGACCCCAGGAUAUUGACACAAGCUAUCUUCUGCCGAUUGCUGGGUUUCCCCAUUGUAGUUAUGGCAGGUGAGCAGUGGAACACUGGAGUUUCUGGGACAAUGACUGACCCCCUUGUGCCUCAGUGUGAGUGGUAGGAGAGUUCAGAUUCUUGGUGCUGAGUUAGCUGGUCUCAGCCAGGAUUGGUUGAGGAUUCUGCAUUUUGUCCCUGUGCUAGGGAGGUUGGGUUUAUUAGUCAUUAGAAAUGAGCAACAUUUGAGAGGAAAUUGUGGUGAGCAGAGGAUUGGGCUUAACAGUGAUGACUGAACAGCCUUUGCUGUGAGGGCUCUCACAAGAUGGAUGGCUACUAGGGCAAGUAUCAGCACUGUCACCCUGCAACUGAGCCCCAGGGAGGAGUCAGAACUACAACCUGGGUCGGGGGUGGGGUGGAAGAAGCGAGGAAAGAAUAUGGUCAUGAGGGCACUGUACCUUUUCUGCUUCAAAUAUUUGCUAACUGUACUGUUGGUAGCAUUUUGAUAUAUUUCUUACACAAUUGCAUUUAAUAUUGUAGACGUAGGAAGUACUGUUGUUUAUCAACCCAUAAAACAUCUCAAUAAACUGAAGUACAUUUGUACAAAGGCUGUAUUAUCCACCCACUCUCAAAUAUGAGUUUCCAUUGCCUGCACAGAGAGAUUGCUACUAUAGGAAUUGUGGCUAAAGGGUCAGUUGUGGCACAAUGUGUAACGUAAUUGCCUUUACAUCUUCGGAUCAGUUGUAUUUGUAGAGCUUUAUUUGUCAGGAUUGAAGGGGCUAUUGUGGAGGAAGUUGUCAUUAUCUCUUGGCAGUUCUGCAAUGGUGACAUAUUUCUGAGAGUAGAAUUAUACAAUAUCACAGCACAAGGCAGGUGUUUGGCCAAGGUUGGGAAAGAGGUGAACUUAGCCUCAUCUCACUACCCCUUCUUUGUACUUUCACCAUUUUAUCCAUUUCCCUUUUCAAAACUAUUAUGAAUCUCAUGUCCUUAAAAAAAAAAACUCGUUACAUCUCCUUCAUUCUUUUGAUUUGUUUUUGGCCUCUUGUUAAAUCAAUGGAAAUAGCUUUUCUCAAUGUACUUAUGAAAUUCAUCCCCCUCUUCAAAAAUUUUAACACCUCUAUCAGAUUUGCUCUAAACCUAUAUUUUAUAGAGAACAAGCACCAGCUUCUCGUCUCCUCAAUUAAAACCUCUCAUUCCCCCCAAAAGCUUUCCUAAAAUUAAAAAUGUUGGCUCUUUGAUGUUGUUUUUCUCUAUUAGUCCCCUGUGAUCUUGUCAAUUUUAUAAAUGUGUCCAACUUUCACUACAGCAGAAAAGGGAGUUGGAGACAUAGGGCUGAAUAAAUCUCAAUUCUGUUAGUCUGAGACUUGUUCAAUUUGAACGUACUAUUCUUGUCUAGUGUGAAAACCAAGUGCGCACAGGUGAGCCACUGUCCUUUGUUGCAUUGCCCUAGCCUCUAUUAUAGUCAGAAAUGUUGAAAGAGUUUCCUGAGGAUAUGUGAGCCUUCAGUCAGCACUAAUGCAGUGUGAGUUAUUGCCCUUACAGAAAUGGUUAAUUCAGGGGAAAUCAUCUAUUAUUCAUUCUUAUUAAUCUCGAGAAACUCUAGGAUAUGAGGUUUACAAAGCUCGUCUGUUUUGUGUUUUUUUUCCACUGACCUUGGAAGCCUCCAAGAUGGUUGUGGGAGACAGUGGCAUGUAAAUUACAACAUUGGUAUUCACCUACAAGACCUGGGCUGAAAUCCAGUGUUGAUGAGCAAUUCCUCUUUUUGCUGCCUUUGUGUCCAAGAGGAAUUGAAUGAGGAAGACUCAACCCAGUUUCUUUUGGGUGUAGGCCUAAAGCACAAAAUUUACAUUCAGUUUGAUUUCUCAUCUCCCCGCAGUUGUUUCCCUUAUUGGGGUACUUUUCCAAAGGUAUCUGCACAGAUACUGGCAGGAUAUUCCCCAUGCACUUUUCAGCAAACAUGAUUUAAUGAGCAGGAACCCAGGCUGAUUUUUCCCUAUAUCCUUAUCCAGGGACCAGUUUGAAUGCUCCAACUGAGAUAGGCUAACUCAGCAGAAAGGGAUCAAAUCCGAUGACCUUUGGAUCAAACAAUAUGUUGCAAUUAUAUAUUAAUCCAUCAAAGGAACUAGUUGCUGUUAAGUUGCUUUUGGAGUUUGAUUUUCCAUUACACAGGCCAUGAAUAAAGUCUACAUUCACACUC